CCUGCCGCUCGCUCAGCCGGCGCGGGGAGAGUUCCUCGGCAGGAAGGCGGCCGGGAGGUCGCGGGUUUCCCCGCGGGGGAGGGGCAGGAGAGCGCCUCCCCCCCCCCCGACCCGCUCCCGGGAGGCUCAGGGCAGCCCUCGGGUCUCGCCUCCCGCCCGACCGCUCCCGGCGCUGGGGAGGUUGACAGCUCCGCCGCUUCCACGUGCUGAAAACGUGUAAGCUUUGAAUGGAAAAAGCAUGAAGAGUUUGAAAGCCAAGUUCAGGAAGAGUGAUACGAAUGAGUGGAAUAAGAAUGAUGACCGACUCCUGCAAGCUGUGGAGAAUGGAGAUUUGGAGAAAGUGGCCUCCCUUUUGGGCAAAAAGGGAGCCAGCGCAACCAAACACGACAGUGAGGGCAAGACCGCCUUCCAUCUUGCUGCCUCUAAAGGACAUGCUGAAUGUCUCAGGAUUAUGAUUACACAUGGUGCAGAUGUAACAGCUCAGGAUGGAACAGGGCACAGUGCUUUGCAUCUUGCGGCCAGGAAUAGCCAUGCUGACUGCGUCAAGAGACUUCUUCGGUCUAAAUGUCCAGCAGAGAACACAGAUAGCUCGGGAAAAACAGCUUUACACUAUGCAGCUGCCUGUGGCUGUCUUCAAAUAACUCAGCUCCUGUGUGAACACAAGUGUCCAAUUAACAUCAAAGAUGUGGAUGGAAAUACGCCUUUCUUACUUGCAGUACAAAACGGCCACCCUGAAGUAUGCAAAUACCUUCAGGAGCAUGGGGCAGAUGUCAACUCCAGGGACAAAAGUGGAAGAACUGCUUUGAUGCUGGCCUGUGAAGCUGGAAACCUGAGCAUUGCGGAAAUCCUGAUCCGAAAAGGGGCAGAUAUAAAUUUGGCAGAUGCGCUUGGACACAAUGCCCUACAUUACUCCAUACUUUCUGAAAAUACAGGAAUUCAGAGUCUCCUUCAAUCCAAAAUGGUUCAAGAUGUUGAUGUCAAGUCACCAACCAAGCCAAAGCAGCAUGAUCAAGUCUCUAGAUUAAGUUCAGAAAGAAGUGGAACUCCAAAAAAACGCAAAGCCCCUCUACCUCCUCCAAUCAGUCCUAUUCAGCUUGCUGACCGCUCUUCACCACAUUCAACAACUUCAACCCCAGAAUCUGGGAAAGGCCAGCUCUUCUUUGCCCAACGGGGAUCCAAGCAGGAAGAUAUCAGUGCUAUUCAGCCUGAUUGCAAAGAUGGGAUGAGUGACAGCACUGCAGGUGCUGAUAGCUUAUUGGAUGUAAGUUCAGAAACAGAUCAGCAAGAUUUGCUCCUGUUGUUGCAAGGAAAGGUUGCUUCUUUGACACUACAAAAUAAGAAAUUGCAAGAAAAACUUCAGGCAAGAGCCCUCAAAACAGAAGAUACAGAUACCACAAUGGAUUCUUUUUGUUCCACCCACACGGAAUUUGACCCUUUGACUAACAGGCUAAGUGAGGGUUCGGCAGUGGUAGCCAAGGAGAGAAGCACAUCUUCCCUGAAUGUGGCACAGGCUCAGGAAGAAGCAAGCCCUAAUGAAUUAAAAAUUAAACAGCUACAAGAAAGCUUAGAGGAAGUGCAGAAGAGACUAGAUAGUUCAGAAGCAAAGAGGCUGAACUUGGAGUCACAGCUUCAAUCUGGUGUGCUGAAGGAGGCUCACUUGUUAAACAGCUCAGAAAUUUCAGAGAAUGGCUCUGAUCUCAAUCAGAAACUAAAAGAAACCCAAAUCAAAUACGAAGAAGCAAUGAAGGAGAUGCUGCAGAUCCAGAGACAAAUGAAACUCGGGCUGGUAACUUCAGAAGGCAAAGAGGCUGACCUGCAAGAGCUCAGGACAACCUGUGAGGAAGUUGAACUGCUGAAGGAAGAGCUGAGAAAAGCUCAAGAAGAUGAUGAGAAGCUGAAGGUGAGGGUGAAGGAACUAGAGAUAAAGCUGGAAGAAAGGGAGAGAAAUGCAUCUGGUAAAAUGUCUGUGGAGGAAUGCGAGGAGAUGAAGAAUUCUUACUGCUCAGUUAUUGAAAAUAUCAACCAAGAGAAAGCGUUGCUAAUUGAGAAGUAUAAGGAAGGACAAGAGGAAAUCAAAAAGCUCCAAGACAGACUGAAGACUGAGAUGGAAUCAGGGCACAGUGAUGAAGCUGAAGAGGUAAAGGAUGCAAAGAACCAAAUGAUAAAUGAACUCAACAGGCAGGUCAGUGAACUUUCCCAGAUGUACAAAGAAGCCCAAGCAGAACUUGAAGAUUGCAGGAAGAAAAUCACUCCAGAAGACCUGAGUUCAGGAUACAUACCUCUAGAGGAAUAUGAGAAACUAAAGGAGACCACCGUCUUGCAGAGAGAGCAAGCUGAACAUGCUUUGUUGGAAAUGAAGACACAAUACACAAAAGUUUUAAGUGAAGUGACACAACUCCAAAACCUGGUUGACACUCAGAAGAAGAAUUCUGUCUCCAUCACAGAACAUCUUCAGGUGGUUACUGCUCUCCAGACCUCAGUGAAGGAAAUGGAAGAAGAAAUAAAUGAGCUCAAAGAGCAGAUUCUUCAUAAGGAGAGUGAAGUGCAGCGUCUGCAGAAGGAGUUGUUAGAAGAAGAAGCUGCAGUGUGUGAAGCCAUGGUGCCCAGAGUAUUGUAUGAAGAGCUUCGGUCUUCUUCAGAAAAUGAAGUCAACUCCUUGUCAUCCAAACUGAAGGAUUUGAUGAAAGAGAGGGAGACCUUGUCUGCCGAUCUUGCACAGUUGAGGAAGGAGAUCUCACAAGUGAAAGGGGAGAAGGAGAAUCUCCAAGCUCUUCUGCAGGCCAAGGAAGAAGAAAUCAAAGGACUACUUCAUCAAUAUCGUAAGUCUCAAGAAGAACUCCUUGAAAUGAAAAAAGCUUCUGAGAGUGCCUUAAAAAUGGAUGAAGACAAAGAUAAAAAGAUAUCAGACAUGUCUAAGGAAGUUAUCAAGUUAAAGGAAGCAUUGAACAGUCUUUCCCAGCUGUCUUACUCAACUGGUACACCUAAACGGCAAAGUCAGCAGCUAGAACUAUUGCAGCAGCAAGUGAAGCAGUUACAGAACCAACUGGCUGAAACAAAGAAACAACAUCAGGAGAUAGUUUCUGUUUACAGAACUCACCUGCUUUAUGCUGUGCAGGGCCAGAUGGAUGAGGACGUCCAGAAAGUGCUUAAACAGAUCUUAACAAUGUGUAAAAAUCCAUUACAAAAAAAAGGUGAAACUGUUUUUGUGGAUCCUUGAUGGUGCUGCUGCAGAAUUUGAAACUCACCUUAAAAAGAUAAUUUGUUUGGCAACUCCUGUGCAACAAGCUGACAUGGGCGUCUGCUACCCUUCUUACAAUACCCAGAGAUUGCAGCUUACUAUAAAUCAGGGAUGAUCAACAUCUGACCUUCAGUAUUAGAAUGUGGUUCUGUGCUUCCUUGGAUUAGGAUGAGUUGAGGCAAACUUUCACCAUGAAAUGCAUUUUGGUUGUGAACAGCUGCACCAGUUGAAGUUGGAGGCAGAAAUUAAUUGUUCCGUUCCUGGUUAUGUUAAAUGGAUAAAAUUACCUUCUUUAUAUUUUUAGGCCUUCAGAUGCCCAGUAUAACCUAGAAGCAACUUAUUAAUGGUAAGGAAGACAAGUUCAUCUUGUUGAGUAAAGCCAGCUGCAGUGUUUUCUUUUUAUUUAUCAAGUAAUUUAUGGACUGCAAGAGCACCAGAUUUGUGAUAUGUAUUAAAUAGGUAACAUAAAAUAUAGCCAUGUACUAAAGCAAGUAAAUACUUCUGAAAACAGCUAAUUGCUAAAACCUCAGUUUCAUUAUCAAGCAGGAAAUUAAACUAUCUAUGCAAAUUUUUGCAGUUCUAUUGGAAAUAGAACUUAGAAGAGGGAAAAAGGUGUUCCAAAUUGUAAGCAAGGGAUCUGAAUGAAUUCAUGAUGUUUACAGUGAGUUAUUUUAUCUCACAGUUCCAAACCUCACUUUUGUAAAAAAAAAAAUAUCUUCUCAAUGAUAUAUUUUUACUGGCCCUCAAAUUUAGAAAAGUCUUUAUAAUGAAAGUUGUUUGCUAUGUAAUACCUUUUUUUUUUUUUUUUUUU